CUCUUCUUGAUGCAUUUUCCCUCAUUCACUAUACAAGACACAUUUCGCAGGAGUGAUUCUUUUCCCCCCAGAAAGGACAUCUUAGGGGAGAAACGGAGUCAAUUCACAUUGCUGAAUCCUUUACAAAAUGCGUGAAAUUGUCCAUGUCCAGAUUGGUCAAUGCGGGAAUCAAAUUGGAGCAAAGUUCUGGGAAGUCAUAAGUACUGAGCAUGGAAUCGACAUCACAGGGAACUACUGUGGUGAUUCGCCGCUGCAGAAGGAAAGGCUUAAUGUGUACUUCAAUGAAGCCUAUUCCAAUAAGUAUGUUCCCCGUGCCGUCCUAGUAGACCUGGAGCCUGGAACGAUGGACAGUGUGCGGUCGAGCAAAAUAGGUCCACUCUUUCGACCUGACAACUUCAUUCAUGGAAAUUCAGGUGCUGGUAACAACUGGGCAAAAGGCCAUUACACCGAAGGAGCUGAGUUGAUAGAAAGUGUCAUGGAUGUUGUGAGGAACGAGUGUGAGGGCUGUGACUGCCUCCAGGGUUUCCAGCUUGCCCACUCUCUUGGCGGUGGAACGGGAUCUGGGAUGGGCACUCUUCUGAUCAACAAGAUCAAGGAAGAAUAUCCAGAUAGAAUCAUGAACACCUUCAGUGUGCUCCCAUCACCCAAAGUUUCUGACACAGUCGUUGAGCCAUACAAUGCCAUCUUAUCUGUGCACCAGUUGAUUGAGAACACAGAUGAGACCUUCUGCAUCGAUAAUGAAGCUCUAUAUGACAUCUGUUUUAGAACGCUGAAGCUCCGCUCUCCAAGCUAUGGGGACCUAAACCAUUUGGUGUCUCUCACCAUGAGUGGCGUCACCACCUCACUCCGAUUUCCUGGCCAGCUCAAUGCCGACUUGAGAAAGUUGGCUGUUAACAUGGUGCCGUUUCCUCGACUCCACUUCUUCAUGCCAGGCUUUGCUCCAUUAACAGCUCGGGGAAGCCAGGAAUACAGAGCUCUCUCUGUCCCAGAGCUCACCCAACAGAUGUUUGAUGCAAGGAACAUGAUGACGGCCAGCGACCCACGUCAUGGGAGGUAUCUGACAGUGGCCUGCAUCUUUCGAGGCCAGAUGUCUACCAGGGAGGUGGAUGAACAGCUGUUGGCUGUGCAGACCAAGAACAGCAGCCACUUUGUGGAAUGGAUCCCCAACAACGUCAAGGUGGCUGUAUGCCACAUUCCACCUCGUGGACUGAAGAUGUCUUCUACUUUCAUAGGGAACAACACGGCCAUACAGGAGAUCUUCAGCAGGAUCUCUGCACAGUUCUCAGCAAUGUUCAGGAGGAAAGCAUUUCUCCAUUGGUACACUGGCGAAGGAAUGGAUGAAAUGGAGUUUUCAGAAGCAGAAGGCAACACUAAUGACUUGGUGUCUGAGUACCAGCAGUAUCAAGAUGCCACAGCAGAUGUAGUAGAGUAUGAGGAAGUAGAAGAGGAGGAGGAAGUCAGUCAGGAAGAAAAGGAAGCUCCUUAAGAGUAGUAAUUUACCCUGAAAAGCACCUUACUUCUCAUAGGUUGGCUGGACUCACCUUUUCAGAAGGAACAUAAUCCAUUUUUGUAUAUUAAACCAAAGAACAUUGUUCAUUCAAAACACAUACACACCCAAAGAAAUCCCCCUACAUAUGUACAUCUACAUAUUGUCUUCUUGGACUUUUUCAUGAUAAAUUAAUUUCAGCAUACAACCAAUCUUAUGAGGAACAGCCAUUUGUUUCAAAUAAAAGGGGCAGCAAUGUUUUUCACCAGCUGUUUAUCUGCCCUGCACAUCUAUUUAUCGGACAGGUUUUACUGAGUCGGCAUUCUAACCAUGAUGGUCAUGGAGCAACAGAUUCAAACUAUAGGAAAAAAGAUUAUACCUAAACAUUAGGAAAAAAUUUCCCAACAGCAAGAGCUAUUUGACAGUGGAAUACUCUGGCUCUGGAUGUCGGAGUCUCUUUCUUUGGAGUUUCUUAAACAGAGGCUGGAUGGUCGUCUGCUGGGAGUGCUUUCUUUUUGUAUUCCUGAAUGAGAUUGGACUGGAUAUUCUUGUUUAUUCCAAUUCAUUGAUUUUAUAAUUGUGCAAGAAAGUAAAAAAUGCUCUUUGUGAAAUCAAAUGCAAUAGCAACGCAAAACUGUUCUCCAUUUCUGGCAUAUUCUCAAAAUUGCCAUCAGAACAAGAUAUCAGCAGUCUUCCCACUGCCUCAAAUCUUUUACUCGAAUAUAUGUGGAGAGGGGUUCCUUUGAACCAUGGCGACUAUAGGCAUUUGAUAAACCUAGAUCCCAUUAUUUGGUUAUUUUUAAAGCCACCUAAUCUGUGUGUGGCAAAGCCAAUAGUUUAGAUGGCUUUAAAAAUAACCAAAUAAUGGGAUCUAGCCUAGAGAUGCCUGACUGCUAAUCCUGUGAAUUCUUAUAUAGUAAUAGAUCCUACUGAAUUCCGGGCUUAACGUCCCAAUAAACAAAGAUCAGGUUAAGCUGUAUAGUGGUAUGUGUGUAUGUUUGUGUAUGUAUGAAAAGUUUCCAACUAUGGGAUUCAAAGGUCAAGAAAUGAAAGGAGAAAUUGAUCACACUUUGCCCAUGUUCCAAUUUUAGUAUAUGCGCUGCCGAAGCAAGCACCACUUUGCCCAUGUGGUACUUCCCAAAAUGGUUGGAACAGAACUCCCACCAGCUUGCUAUCCUAAUCAAUUGACAGUUCAAUGGAAGUUUAAUGUAAAAUAAUGGAAAUAAAUGUAUAUAAAGCAGUCAACACAAGGCAUGCACAGAUGUCAGAAAUAAUAUGGGCAGAAAAAUCCAUUCUUACAGUAGAACAAAAGCUUAGCCCUAAAAUAAAUGUGAUGUUGCUAAACUAUUGCUCCCAGCAUAUUAUACUCUUGGUGAGGAGCACUGGAAAAGCACAAGAUGCCCAUUCUGGCUUUAGAGAGAAUGACAUUUUACUGCAACCCACUAUUUGUUCUUUCUUUUCCUCAGCUGACAAUUAAAAUGGUGCUUUUAUUUCCAAGCCACUUUAUGGAGUCAAGGUAUAAUUGAUCUGAGUGCACUGCUUGAGCAUUGUAGUGCAAACCUUUGAAUGCUUAUAUUUAUUACAUUUCCUUUUUUUAACAAAACCAAUUUUGCUAGGUGAAAAAGUGAUAGAUACUUGUGAUGUCAACUUGUGUGAAGAGCUAUUUCUUAGCUGCCAUUUUUUCAGUAUGCCUUUCGCUGCAUGUACCAUAAAAUGUAAUAAAAAGUGUGAUGAAACACUGUGAA